AUGACCCAGACAACCCAAUACAAGCAACAAAUGCUCACUGUAAUAGUCCAAAAGGAGCUAAGGAAAGCUACCAUGUGCAAGGAUUUCAGAUCAACUUGGACAGGACCUGAGUUACAAUGGUACAUUAACCUUCCCAACGGGUCGAUAUGCUCCUUCGCAACCUUGAAGCACAAGUUCGUAGAGCAGUAUGCAAGCACCAAGAGCCUCGAGAAGACAGCCGACAAUCUCUACAAGGUCCUCCAGCAUCGAGCUGAGCCCCUGCGCAACUAUAUAGCACGCUUCAAUCAAGAAGAGGUAGCCAUCCCCGAAUGCAAUGCCUCCACCGCAAUCUCAUCCUUCAAGAGAAGCCUACUACAAGAUGGGAACCUAUACAAGGAGCUAACCAAAUAUUAG